AUGACCGACAUUGCCAAAGCGAUCCAACAGCAGACGAAUGAACUGGCCACUCUCGUCAAAGCCCAACAGGAGUCAACAGCAGGGGCUGGAGGAUCCCUGAAGGGGCUGGGCAAGACUUCAGAAGAACUGGUAUAUCUGCUCCGGGCAUGCGGGCAGUAUACCGUGCAAGUCGGCGACGGGGAGUACGGCGCCGCACUCGCGCAGGCCUUGCUGACGGCCCAGGCAGGAUCAUCCACCAAGUUGAGGACCGCUGGCUUCAGGCAACGGGUCACUUCAAGGCUCGCGAUUGGCAUCGCUGGUCCAUACUGGGGGACACAGGAGAAGUAUGCCCUCAGUGCCUCGGACUUCGUGCCCUGCACUGACGCGGAGUUGGACCAAUUCGCCAUCGAGAGCAGGACUGGAAAGCCCUCCAAUGAGCAGCGGCCCGCAGCUCCGACCAGGUAUGAAGACUGGCUCAACCGUGCAAAACGCCAGAAUGACAUCUGGGCAUUAGUGUACGGGAGCGAAUGGAAGGCAGUCCGAGAGCACGCCGUGAACCUGCUGAGCGAGUGGCACAUCGGAGCUCCUCACAAGUGGCCCCUUCAAGUGUUGCUUGACGUAUGGGAAGAACUCCACUGGCGGUUUCUGGAAGAGCUCAAGGAGGAGUUGAGGAAGAUCAAACGGCUGGCUGGAAGAGAGUCCAUGACCUUGAACGACCUCAAGUUCUAUGCCCUCAUGCCGGAUGAAGAGGGCAGAGCGCCAUUGGAGCUUCCACAGACCUUUGAUCUUCGAAGACCGGAUGGAUGGUUCAUGUCUGAGGUAAUGCCCCGCAUCGAACGAAGGCAGGAGCGGAUGCUAUGGAAGAUGACGUGGGAAGGGGCCGGGAAAAAUCGGGCUCAGGGGCAAACCGCUGGAGGAGAUGGCGGAUCCAAGGAGGAGAAGCUGACCCUGAAGACCCUGUAUGGUCCCAAGCUCACGGCAGAAGAGACGGCACGAGCGAAGGACCGGGCACCCACGAACAAGGAGGGCAAGCUCCUGUGUUGGGGCUAUUUGUCCCAUCUAGGUUGCUCCCAGCAGGGCUGCCAACGAGCUCAUGAACCUCUGAAGGGCCCCUUCGAGUCGCUCGAUCCGGCAGUUCAACUCCAGCUGUUGAGGCGAGGGGGCUUGAAGCGGAUGAAAGCCGAGACCAAGGACACGGCCACCGAGAAGAUCAAGGAGAUCAGAGCCGGUGUGGCGAAGGACAAAGCCUCGAAGGUCCAGGAUGGGAAGGAUCGUCGACGCGCUGGUCAAGGAGAUCAACCUCAAGGAGAAGGUGAAGGGCAUGAGAAGGCCGGAGGACACCAAGGUGUAAGUUGGGAAGCCCCCGAGGAGAUGGUGCAGGUUGAUUACACGCACCAGGAGAAGGAGUUUGCUGAGCUGGUCGCGGGCCCUGAUGCAACCAUCUACGAGAAUGUUCAUCGGGAGUCGCAACCCCAUCCAGGGCGAGAAGGUCAAACGGCACCACAGGAAGCUCAAGACCUCGUCAGGACGGCCCAGAAACUGGCAAACAGACCUGUGUUGAGCAAGUUGCAGGAGGCAUCGGAUGACCUCUACGCCUGGGCAUCUACCAGGGUGGCCAACGACCCGGAGACCCCCUUCGAGACGCUGAUGGAGGAGAUGGUGCAGUUUGGGUUGGGUGAGUUGGCAGCCGAAGCCGCGUACCUCCUCGAAGCUCAUGGGAGGGGUCCCAAGGCCGGAAACAAGGCCAGAUGCCGUGUCGAGGAAACCCGGUGGGAGGCGGACGGACCAGGUAAAGCCGUGGUACAGAUCGAUGAGGACUUGUGGGCAAUGUGGGACUUCGGGGAGAUGGUCCACAUGACGGAAGAACUUGCUGGCCUGCUGGGAAUGAUUGAGCCAGAGAAGGAGAAGCGCCAGUGCGUCACCAAGGUUUUUGCGGCUGGCCUCCUGCUGUCCCAGACAGGAAGGACACCAAGCAUGGACGACGUGGAGAAGCUGACCCAGGAUUUUCGGCUGGAGCAGGCACGGCUUGCGGUUGAGGCCGAAGGGGUCAUGAGCCAUCCAGAGGCGAAGGUCGCCCCAGUGGAACAUGAACUUCGGAUGUACGCCCACGAUAUCCUCAAGCCUCAUCAUGACAAGGACUACCGGGCCCUGGCCGUGUUCCCGUUAGCUGCUCUCGAAGAGAUCAGGGUCAUUGUGGUCCGGGUGGACUAUAAAGGGGACAUCCUGCUGGAGACGGUGGUAGGAGUUCAGACGGCCAAGGCAGUCCAUGGCGCCAAAGCUCAUGAUGGGUUGGUGCUACGGGAGUACUUCGCCGGGCAUGGAGUCAUCACUCAAGGUUGGCGGGAGGCCGGCAUGGUUGCCCUCGAGCCUAUCGAGUUGUAUGACCAACCCCACCAGCAGCUUGGUCCCCGGCCGGACCACGAUCUUGCCAAUCCGGCACGGCAGAAACACUAUCUGGACCAGCUUGGGCAGCACGAGUCCAACGUGCAAUGGAUCGCUAGCCCCUGCACUACAUUCUGUGACUGGUGCCUCCAGAACGGGGGAACGAGGACCUUCCAAAACCCAGCUGGCUUGCCAACCGAGAAGGAGCGUAUCGGGAAUGUCCUGUCGGAGUAUGGCGCGGCAAUCUUCGAGAAGUCCAUGCAGCAAGGAGGUUUCCCCAUUGCCGAGAGUUCCGGGACCUCAGGGACACAAGGGCAGUUCUAUCGUCAUCGGACGGGCCUGGCCUUCCCUCAUCACCCUCCCCUUCGGCAAGCUCUCCUACGGCUAUGUCCCGGCAUCUCCCAGACCCACCAGCACGUGGCACUCAAAGGUAGCCGGCCAGGGGUCAUGGUAUCUCGAUGUACCGAAGCCGGUGUUUACGCCCCCAACUUUGUCCGUGCUGUGGUCGAAACCCUCAUCCAUACUUUGGUAGGGGGGGGGGGCAAACCACAACCCCUCCUCUCCAAAACUGGUGGCCGACCUUACGGAUGGAAUGUGUAUGAGGAGGAUCCACCAGCUGAAGAGGAAGAGGAGGAGGCAGAGUUCCAUCAAGGGCUUCAACACCUCAACCAAGAGGAGCUCCAGCAGGUCGCGGGCAUGGCGGUUGAGGCAGCUCUGGGGGUGUGGAACGGCCGGACCAUCCAUGAGCCCGAGGAGACGGUCGAGGAGUCUGUGGGAACCAUGAUGGAGGAGCCUGACGAAGCGCUGGAGGAACCGGAUGAGGUCGUCGAACCGCCUGAUGAGGGCGAAGCAGGGCAGGGACAAGGGGGAGAAGCAGCCGGAUCGGGGGAGUCGGUGGCAGAACCUGCAGCGGCCUAUCGCAUUGUGUGGGCAGACCUGGGUCAGAGAAACCGCAUGGAGGUGGACGCUCAGCGGGGCUACGUUUGGCUGUAUACCAACGAGCCCAGAGACGACCUGGCGGUCCCUGAUGAGCUGCCUUAUCCUUACUGGCCCCAUCGAUUCCACAGUGAGAGGUACACGAGAUGUGAGACUCGGGACACGCUGGGCCGUCUACGGGUGGCAGAGGUCUAUGAUGACUGGAGGGUACAGGGUCGGGGACGACCACCCUUUGUGCCGUGGACGGGUGUCACCUUGUUCGUCUUCCGGGACGGUCAACUGCCUUGGUCGCACGUCUUGGUUGAGGACGAGCAGAACCGGAGGGAAGGGCCGGAUGAACCCGACCGGUCGGGAGGGGGCCCAGGAGAUGACCGGCAAGGAUGGACCUCGAGCCACCACACAGGUUGGCAAGGGUUAAAUCAAGCCGGAGUUUGGCAGGACUGGUCUUCAGGCACAUGGCAGGACUCCCGAGCAGGAGGCAGCCGGUGGGUCGACUUUGAGGAGGAGGGCAUCUCAGGAGCAGCGGCUACGGCAGCUAUGGCCUACAUCCAGGAGAUUGACGGCAUGCAGGGUUCCGGUCCGGCGACAUGGCAGGCGGUUCGGGAGAGAGGAGACAUGCUGCUUGGACGGGCCGGAUCGGUCGAGAAGGCAGCCAUCGCCCUAUGGAUAGCAAGAGAGCAUCUGGGGCGAAACAACCUGCAGGGCGUUGACAGUGAGGAGCUAGACCCUUUGGUGCACCCGGACCACCUGGACUACCUGAGGGAGGUGAGAGCGCAAGGGAUGCCCGCACGCUACCAGGGUCAGAGGGAGAGAGUGGCAACUAGACCGCACCCGAGAGCCAGAGCCGACUUGGGCCAAGUCUAUGUCCAGUUGAUGAAAGACAUCAUGAAGCACAGGGUGCUGGUGGUCUCGGCAGAUCAUCAAGACCUGGGACAUACGGUGUCGUCACCAUUUGAGCUGGUCCCGAAGAUGCUUCCCAAUCGGACCCUGUCUACAGAGGCAAGGUUGGUUCACGACCAACGACAGGUCAAUGAAGGCACGCACAAAGACCUUCAUCCACCGGCGGCACAGCCUACCCACGAACAGGUCGCCAGGAGGGUAUUGUGGUUGAAAGCACGCUACCCGGGAGUGAAGGUCGUCAUGGCCAAGAAGGAUGUGGCCGGGGCAUUCCGUCUCCUCUGGGUUGACCCGCGAGAUGUUGAGCUUUUUGCAGGAGAUGUCCCUUGGAGACCGGAGUGCAUGGAGCAGAGCGGGGGCGGGGGAGAAUGUGAUGGUUCAGGCCUGACGCUUAUCUACCUCGUCUCCAGCUUUGGCUUCUCGGGGUCCCCAGGAGAGUGGACGGUGUGGGGGCGAGCUACGGAGGAAGUUCACCGCAACCUGCGACCGCUCCACAGCCGAAGGGACGGAGAGGUGCAUUUCUGCGGGAAGAUCUUGGUCGAUGACAUGGUGCUGGUCGAGCCGGUGAUCGGUUUGCGGCCUUGGGUGUCCAGCGAGGUCUAUGAGUGGGCUGUGGUGAAGUUGCUGGGCGAGAAGGCCAUCAACAAGUUGAAGGACGCAGAAGAGGGACAGUUCAGCAACCAGCAGACAGUUUGGGGCCUCACUAUCGACACCGACCUCGAGAAGAUGUCGCUUCCGGAGGCACGGAUCCUCAAAGGGGCCUACUUGCUGGCACAGCCUCACUUCAACUAUGGCAACAAGGCCCUGCCGUUGAAGGAACUACAACGGUUCCGGGGUAUCGCAAACGGCUGGAGCGCGGUGAUUGCGGGUCUACGAAAUGAGUUGAAGGCGGCAGACCUCUUCCUUGGUGGAGUUGAUGGUGGGGCAGCAGUACACCCGCGGCUUCAUCAACCGGAGGGCUCAGAGGCAAGGCGGAUCGAGGAGACCAGUGCUUGGGAGGCGUUGUGGGAGCUCUUCGAGGACUGCAGGUGGCUGUGCUCGAGGUCCGAGACAUGGGCGGCCAAGUUUGGGGGAGACAUCAGGGAGUUGCUACCCCCACUCGAGAGGCUCGCACUUCCAGGGCAGCGAGGGGCGGGUCCUGUCUUCGUUUCAUCGGAUGCUACCCCCGACGUCGUGGCAGCGAUCGACUGGACGAACCACCUGGCAUGCCGCGAACCCAUCGAGGUUUUGAAGCCGUGGAUACGUCAGGUGCUCGAGGCUGAAGGGCAGGAGGAUGGGAAACUCGCCAUUCAUCUGGGAGAAAUGUUAAGCUUUGUCGCCUUUGCCUGUCGGGUGGGCCACAUGUGGGAAGGACGAGUGGUCAUCUAUGCCGGUGACAACAAGGUCGUCUACUUCUGGAUUACUGGACGCAAGAGCGGAGUGCGGGCAGGGAGGCUUCUGAUCCGGGUCCUCAACCUCGUCGAGAAGAGGCACAGGUGUAGGAUCCUUGGAGGAUGGUGGAGGACCUUCCACAACGAGGAUGCUGACGCACUGACCCGUCUGGAUGAGCCGCAAGCAUUGCAGCUUAUGAAGGAUAAAGGUUGGAGCCGGCAAGACAUCAAGCCCAGCAUCCAUCAGGCCCUGGAAGACACGGAGCGGUUUGGGCUUUGCUUUCUGUCCUGGGCCGACCAAGAGGACCGCCAUGAGCUGAUGCGUCUUCGAGAGCUUCGGGUCUUUCGUGCCAUCUUUCGGCAGCCAGCGGAUUUACUGGAUGUCGAGGUCGUUGAGUGGACACCCGGACAACGUUACGUGAAGGACCUGGAGUACUUCUCGGGCAACGGCAAUGGAAUGUACAAGAUUGUCGCGGGCACCAUCGGCCCUGAUCCGAAAGGCAGGAAGGUGACAGAGUUCACAAGGUACCUGGACCAGGAGAUCUUCGAUGUGGCGGUUCUCGAAGGGCCCACGGAGGUGAUGUGGAGGCGGCUAGAGCAGUGGGCCAUCUCAGUUGGCUGGGGCUGCAGCUUGCAGGAGUUUUUGACCUCCGAGCUUGGCGAGGCUUUGGUGCGCAGGAGGAUCGCGGGGUUCCUGUUCCCGGGUGACAAGACCGAGGAGGAGGUUGAGCGCCUGAUGGUCAAGACGGUCACUCCGCCCUCGAUGGGCUCCUACCUGAGAAAGAUCACCGAGGAGAACUGCUUGCCGACCUACAAGAUGGAAACGGCAAUCAACGUGGGCCAGGAGGCGAUGCUGCCUAUGGUGACCGCCCAUGUGUGGCUAGAACCUGAAGGACAGAGGCACAAUGUUUACUCGAUGGGGGGGCCCGGUAGGUGGCCGUUGUCCGACGCAACCGAGAAGGGCAUGCAGAAGAUCUUCGUGCAGGACAAAGCGGCUCCAGUUGGUAAAGUGAGGGUGCUUUCCGGUGAGGAGGUGUGGAUCCUGCAGGGCAGACGCCUGGAUGAAUGGCGCACCCUCGUAUCCCAGAUCGGCGAGGUCGAAGCUGAGAGAGAAGGGUGCAGGGCCACCGGACGCAGGACAGCCUUGAACCUGAUUGGGGCGGCAGCAGAGCUGGCGAAGGAAGUGCGGGAGAAUAAGGCCGGCAUGUGCAUCGACCAGGAGGACUACAAGACCCUCGGCUCUCUUCUACAAUGGCUUCGCAAGUGGAGAAGGGGAGACUUCGGAAGGGCGCCUCCGAACCGAAAGGCCGGAGGUCAGGAGGUUGGGCAUGUCUGGUUCUGGGGCGAAGAGCUAUGGCUGGGCGCCCUGGAGUUCGAGUCCGGCAGCUUCGAGGGUAUUGAGGAAAGACGGUGCGGAGGGCGCCGAAAAGGGCCGGUGAGGCCUGUGGUCGAGGACGGAGGGCGUUUCGUCGAUUUGAACCCCGACUUCAACCAGGACAUGGAGAUCCAAGCGCAGAUUGAGGAAUGGCUGGAGGCGCACCUCACUGGCGACAAGGCGGAGAGCACCCAGAAGGCCUACCUGUCGGCAUGGAACAAAUGGUGCGAUUGGAGCAAGAGGCAAGGGUGGCUAUCCCCCUACCUUGACCAUAGAGGUGACCCGAUCCAGAAUGAGAACAAGGUCCUCGGAUAUCUGGGCUACUUGGGAUGGUUGGGCACCUCUGCGGCGACCAUGAAGCAGGCUGUCUUCGCCAUCAAGGACGCCCACAAGAGAGCGGGACAUGGGGAUACCACUACGAAGAUGCACCGUCUCUGGAUCGUCCUCAACUCGCUGGAGAAGCAUUCGGUCAAGCGUCCGAGGCGAUUGGGGGUCACCGUACAGAUGCUCAAGUGGCUUGGCAAGCAGUUCGUAGCUGGGGCCGAGUCCUUUGGGGAGCUCAAAGUCGACUGCCGGAUGAUCCAGGCGGCGCUCCUGACGGCGUGGUUCUUCAUGCUGAGGGCCCGGGAAUUUGCGGACUCGAGUGGGGUCGACCAGGAGAUGGUAGUCCGGGGACAGGAUAUCUCGUUGACCACCCAGGGACAAGCCGACGAGAUGGAUCCGGAGGAGGUCACCCUGCAGUUCCGGAAGACCAAGGCGGAUCAGGAAGCAUUUGGGACCUGCAAGACUAUGAAGAAGACGGAGAUUGAGUAUGUCUGCGUGGUCACCGCUCUCCAUCGCCUUCGUGAAGUCGCACCGAGGAGAUUCGGAAAGGGGCCUGAAAGCCACCUUCCGCUGUUCCGCUGGGCAUCAGGUGCAGUGAUCAAGCGGCUCGAAGUCCAGAACUUGCUCCAGAAGGCAGCUAAAGCCCUUGGUCUACCAGCGGAACGGUUCCAGUCGCAUUCCCUCCGCAUCGGCGGAGCUUCGGCCUUGUAUCAGGCCACGGGCGAGAUUGAGGUCGUCAAGAGGACCGGAAGAUGGACGUCCUCGGCGGUGCAACGCUACCUCCACGACUCCGGAGACGUGCUGGCAGGUUUGGCAAAGAAGAUGGCCACGGUUGACCAGCACGUGCACUACACGUAG